ACUCGCUCUCCUCCCGCAGACUCCAGGCUCAUGAGGCGCUAGAGACCCGGAGCCCUCCAUUGGCUGUCCCGACUGCCAAGGCUGGCAGGCAGAGGCGACCGGGAAGCAGCGAACCGACGGACCCUCUUCGGUGCAGAGGACCCGACGGAGCACCAGCGGCUCGGACGGACACGAGUGGAACACAAGCCGCGGCUCGGAGCAGAAUCCUCGCUAACGUCGGCUGGAAGUUUCCGAGAUGUGGUGACGUGACUCCUCCGAGGCGACGGGAAGCUAAGGCUAGCCGACGCGCUAACGCUCCUGGGGAAAACAGGCGGAGUUCCACGGGUUCACCAGCUCUUUGACCGGUUCAGAUCGUGUAAGACACACGGACACGACGCAUUCCACCAUGUUGUCUACUUCCAUCUCCAACAGAGCGGCUCUUUAGAGAACUAUCUGAAAACUAGCAAGCGUUAGCUAACUAGCGGGCUAGUAGCUAACAUCCAGACUGACUUCAAGCCGAAGAACUCCGCUUCCUCUGCCUCCACGUCCCCGGCCCGGGUUCUCCUCGAGCGGCUGCCCUUCUACCGGAUGACCCGUGUUCAGUUUUAAGGAUUUAACACGGACACGGUACUUCCACAUCCAGGGAUGCAACCAUCCGAUCACCGGCUCACUUCAUGCUAGCCUGCUAACGCGGAGUUAGCCGGCCGAAGUUGGAAUACUGCCCCUGUCCCUGCUCACUUUGCGUGGGGGUUCGCUGCGAGGCCUUCAGGAAGCGAUCCCCUCUCCACAGCCGCGAUGCCCCCCCGCCGGUGAGGGGACUCGAUCCGCUGAGCGACCCGAGCCGUGUCUGUCCCGCUCGACCAGCCGGGGACACCGUGGACCACCUGGACCUGGUUGUUUACUCGACAUCCGAGUAACGUGGCUCUCGAAGACGUCUGACAUCCCGCUGUUCAUUCAAGAUGAUGUGCGAGGUGAUGCCCACCAUCAGUGAGGCCGAAGGGCCCGGGGGGGUCGGCAGCAGUGGUCGACGGGGCUCCGGCUCCCCGCUGCAGUCGGACUCAGAGGGUCACUUUGAGUCGCUGAUGGUGUCCAUGCUGGAGGAGCGGGAUCGUCUUCUGGAGACUCUGAGGGAGUCUCAGGAGAACCUGGGCCUGACGCAGGGCAAACUGCACGAAGUGAGCCACGAGAGAGACUCGCUGCAGAGACAACUCAACACGGCUCUGCCACAGGAGUUUGCCGCUCUAACAAAGGAGGUGAACGUGUGCCGGGAGCAGCUUCUGGAGAAGGAGGAGGAGAUCGCGGAGCUGAAGGCCGAGAGAAACAACACACGGCUGCUGCUGGAGCACCUGGAGUGUUUGGUGUCUCGUCACGAGCGCAGCCUGAGGAUGACCGUGGUGAAGAGACAGGCUCAGUCUCCUGCAGGGGUCUCCAGUGAGGUGGAGGUCCUCAAAGCCCUGAAGUCCCUUUUCGAACACCACAAAGCCCUCGAUGAGAAGGUCAGAGAACGACUACGCGUUGCUUUGGAAAGAUGCAGCGCGUUGGAGGAGCAGCUCACCCUCUCGCACAAGGAAUUGGCGUACCUCAGGGAGCAGAGCAGCCAGAAGAGAGGCCUGGCAGACGGGACCAGUGAGGUCAACCACAACUCUGAAAACACACCGAGCACCAACGGCAAGCGGUCGUCGGAUGGUUCGCUGAGCCAGGAGGAGGAGUCGCUAUCUGGGUUCGGGAAGGUCUGUGAGCUGCAGGAUGUGGUGGACCGUCAGACCACCGAUCUGGGCCAGAUGAAGGAGCGCAUGUGUGCCAUGGUGUCACGCAUCAAUGAGCUGGAGGAGGACCUGGACACGGCCAGGAAGGACAUCAUCAAGUCCGAAGACAUGAACACGAGGCUGCAGAGAGACCUGAGAGAGUCGGUAGCUCAGAAAGAAGACAUGGAGGAGAGGAUCACCACCCUGGAGAAGCGCUACCUGGCAGCCCAGCGGGAGGCCACCUCCGUCCAUGACCUCAACGACAAGCUGGAGAAUGAAGUGGCCAACAAGGAGUCCCUCUUCAGACAAACCGAGGACAGAAACAGGCAGCUCCAGGAGAAACUGGAGCUGGCGGAGCAGAAGCUGCAGCAGACCAUCCGCAAGGCGGAGACUCUGCCUGAGGUGGAGGCCGAGCUGGCCCAGAGGGUCGCUGCCCUCACCAAGGCAGAGGAACGUCACGGCAACGUGGAGGAGAGACUGAGGCAGCUGGAGGCUCAGCUGGAGGAGAAGAACCAGGAGCUGGUCAGGGCGCGGCAGCGAGAGAAGAUGAACGAGGAGCACAACAAGCGUCUGUCGGAGACGGUGGACAAGCUCCUGUCCGAGUCCAACGAGAGACUCCAGCUGCACCUCAAAGAGAGGAUGUCUGCUCUGGAGGACAAGAACGCCCUGAUCAGAGAACUGGAUCACACCAAGAAGCUGAUUGAGGAGUCUCACCACGAGAAGGAGCAGCUCCUGAUCGAGAUUGAGACCAUGAGGGCGGAGGACGAGCAGGGCAGGAGCAGGAGCAACUCCUUGUUACAUGGACGCUCUCAGCUGGGCAGCACUCCAGAUUUCAGGUAUCCCGUGUCGGCGUCCUCGCUGAUGGACAGUAGCUCAGACCACUAUGGCAGUGGUCUCGUGCUGAGGCGUCCUCAGAAGGGACGAGUGUCAGCGCUCCGUGACGAGCCGUCCAAGGUGCAGACUUUAAAUGAGCAGGAGUGGGAGCGAAUGCAACAAGCCAACGUGCUGGCUAACGUGGCCCAGGCCUUUGAGAGUGACAUGGACGCCUCCGACCUGGAGGAGGACAGCGAGACGAUGUUCAGCUCAGUGGACAUGCUGUCCCCUGGUGGCCAGGCUGAUGCACAGACCCUCGCCUUAAUGCUGCAGGAGCAGCUGGAUGCUAUCAACAAUGAAAUUAGAAUGAUCCAGGAGGAGAAGGAGAACACAGCUAUCCGUGCAGAGGAGAUCGAGUGUCGGGUGAGCAGCGGUGACAGCCUGGGAGGACGCUUCCGCUCCAUGAGCUCCAUCCCUCCUUCCCUGUGUGCGGGCUCGUCGCUGGGCGGCUCCCCCCCGGGCUCGGGUCACUCCACCCCCCGACGCAUUCCUCGAAGCCCCAACAGGGAGCUGGACCGCAUGGGGGUCAUGACCUUGUCGGCUCAGGACGACAAGGCCACCAUCCGAUGUGAGACGUCCCCCCCCACCACUCCACGCUCCAUGCGCCUGAGCAGAGAUGCAGGACACGCCGCCAGCGUGGAGGACAUCAGAGACAUUCGAGGUCUGGCCGGGCUGCAGGACGGUCAGGGUAGUAACCCCAGCAGCAGCAACAGCAGCCAGGACUCGCUCAACAAAGCAGCCAAGAAGAAGAGCAUCAAGUCUUCUAUUGGACGUCUCUUUGGAAAGAAGGAGAAGGGCCGACCCAGCAUUCCUGGGAAGGAUUCCUCCAGCCAAGCUGGCACGCCGGAGGCAGAGAGCUCUCCUAAGGAUGGAUUAGGAAUGGGCACCCUGGGGGUCCCUGCAGACAAGAACCGGAAGCUGCAGAAGAAGCAUGAGUUACUGGAGGAGGCCCGGCUGCAGGGCCUGCCCUUCGCCCAGUGGGACGGGCCGACCGUGGUGGUUUGGCUGGAGCUGUGGGUGGGCAUGCCGGCCUGGUACGUGGCUGCGUGCCGAGCUAACGUGAAGAGCGGCGCCAUCAUGUCGGCGCUGUCGGACACGGAGAUCCAACGGGAGAUCGGGAUCAGCAACCCGCUGCAUCGCCUGAAGCUCCGCCUCGCCAUCCAGGAGAUCAUGUCCCUGACCAGCCCCUCGGCCCCCCCCACGUCACGAACGACAACAGGAAAUGUUUGGGUCACUCAUGAAGAAAUGGAAACGUUGGCCGCCACACCCCCCACGACGUUGGCGUACGGGGAAAUGAACCACGAGUGGAUUGGUAACGAGUGGCUGCCCAGCCUCGGCCUCCCCCAGUAUCGGUCCUACUUCAUGGAGUCCCUGGUGGACGCCCGCAUGCUGGACCACCUCACGAAGAAGGACCUCAGGGGACAGCUCAAGAUGGUGGACAGCUUCCACAGGAACAGUUUUCAGUGCGGAGUGAUGUGUCUGCGGAGGCUCAACUACGACAGGAAGGAGCUGGAGAGGAGGCGGGACGAGUGUCAGCUGGAGCUCAGAGACGUGCUGGUGUGGAGCAACGAGCGGCUGAUCGGCUGGAUCCAGGCCAUCGGGCUGAAGGAGUACAGCAGCAGCCUCUACGAGAGCGGAGUCCACGGAGCCCUGCUCGCCCUGGACGAGACCUUCGACCACAACACCCUGGCCCUGCUGCUGCAGAUCCCCAUGCAGAACACACAGGCCAGAACGACUCUGGAGCGUGAAUACAACAGUCUGCUGGCCAUCGGCACAGAGAGGAGGAUGGAAGAGGACGACGAUAAGAACUUCCGUCGCGCUCCGUCGUGGAGGAAGAAGUUCCGGCCCAAAGACGUGCGGGGGGGGGCCCUGGGUGCGUCCGACACGCUCCCCGCCAACUUCCGGGUGACCAGCAGCGGCUCCUCAUCUCCCGCCACACAACCAAAGAGGAGCCCGAUGGACGGUAGCCGCUGGUCAGAGGAGGAGGGGGAGUUCCCUGCGUUCAAGACCAGGAUGAUGAACUGAACUUUCAAAGACACUAAAAACACGUGUGGUUGUCAUCACAGAAAAAGACCUUCACUCAUCAAUCUGCGUAUCCCCAGAGGAGACGUGCUAGAUUUAUCUACAUUUGUUAUAUUUAUGUAAACCAAUGGGACAUUUAAUUGAUUUUAGAAACGACUGUGUAAUCCUUUUAUCCUCUUAAUCGACCCACUUUUUAAGAAUAAACCUUUCUCCACUGUGCCCGUAUUAAGCUCCGCUCUCAGAUGUAUGUCACUGAAUGUUUCUACUGUCUGGAGUUUGUAUAUUUCUACCAACAGACAUUUUAUCUAAUCUUUUUUAUAAUCCUGAUUCUAUUGACCAGAUGUACGUUUUUUUUUUUCUUUUUUUCUUCCUCUUUUGAUUUGAAUUCUAAUCAUUGAAUUUACUCUUAAGUGACUUUGACAUGUGAUAUAACUUAAUUCAUAUCCUUUUCCCUUUUUAACUGUUGUAUUUCUUUGUAGCUUAUUACCUGUGACUUUGUGUAAAAGCAGCUCUUAGGUCAAGGGAAGUGUGAAUAUCAGACAAGUUGCUGGAGUCGUCAGUUUCACAAACUUCUCAGCUCUGAGUCGUCAUCACCUGUAGAAGAACUGCUGGCACGCCGGGUGGUGGCGGCUGCACAUCACGUGAAACACACACACAGAAUAUUUCCUUUUUCUCUUCUUUGUUUUUUCAUAUCUGCGAUACCAAAAUGAAACUCUUGAAUUUAAGAAGCAAAGCCAUAUAUCAGUAGCGGGGGGGAAACAGGGCUACUUUCAGAUGCAAGCGAAACAGAAUUCCAGGUUCUCUCCCGUCGACCUUGCAUGCAGAGACUCCUCCACUAAACCCCACCCGGCCCCCUCACACCCCGUGUGUCCCUUUAAACAAAACAAACCUCCCUCACCUCUGGAGAAACAGUCGGACUCUCGUGAACCGACGAGUCCGGAGCGAUGGACCAACUUCACCGAGGCCUCAGUGGAUCCAUCACCAUCCACCCAGAACCCCCUUUUUUAAAAACACUUUGUAUGAGGAUUUCAUAUCAAGCCUUAUUGUUUCUGAACUCAUCUGUCGUCUGCUCUUAUUUAUUACUCAUCAGCGUUCAGAGCUCCAGCCCCGUUUGUUUUCCCCGUCUUAGUUCGUCCACUCUCACAACACCGGUUCCACCGCGAGCCGCUCGGAACCCACGAGUUUUGUCUUCUCACUCUUCAUGUAGUUCAAGCUUCGAGUAGAGACACUUCUGUUUGAGGUGUCGUCACGUAGGCACAAUGCAAAUCAUAUUGCUGUUUUAUUCCCGCUCCUCCACCUGUUGAAUUUUCUGAUCUUGUAACUAUGAUGUACAGUCUGAGUACUUAUAAACUAUUUUUAUCACAGUAUUAUUUAUUGCUUACUUUCAAUAAAAUACUGAAACUUAUUUUCCAGUGCAGACACGAAGUCUGACGCUUCUCUUUUCAGCCUCAAAGUGUUUUACAUGUAAAUGUGGGAUUAGUCGACUCAGUUUCCUCGUAUGAAUGAAAUUUGCUGUUAAACAAUUACUUGGAAUUAAUUUCCAAUUAUAUAAAUGUAUACAUGAGUUUAAAUUGGGUGCACAAUAAAUUCUUAUUUUCUAAAUAA